GGCGGGAGAAGGGGCGCUGCGUGGCCUCCGAAUAUUUCCUGGAGCCGGAGCUGAACCUGGUGACCGAAAACACCGAAAACAUCCUCAUUUCCGGGAAUUUCGCGCUCGCAGGGCUGUCUCUGGUGGUGGGGCUGGUUCUCUACAUCUCCAGCAUCAACGACGAGGUGAUGAACCGCCCGGGCGGCUCCGAGCAGUACUUCCAGUACCGCUACGGCUGGAGCUUCGCCUUCGCCGCCUCCUCCUUCCUGCUCAAGGAGGGUGCAGGUGUGAUGUCAGUGUACAGCUGUCACUCAGGUGUCUCUCAG